UCAAAUGACAUUGACGUUUGACAGUUCCAAUUCGAUCUUUGUUAGACGUAAACAAAAAAUUCAAUUUAGCUUUAAAACACAAUAAAACUAAGCUAUACCAUGGAGAAAGAGUUAGACAAAGUAGUUGAGGAGAUAAUGUCGACUCCGAAUGUGAGCGGUUGCCUAGUAGCGGACCACCAGGGGCUGUGUUUGGCUGCGAAAGGAACGGCGCACGUUGACUCAGCAGGGAUUGUAGUCGCGAUAUCUGAGCAGGCGUGUAAAAUACAGCCCAAUCUGAAGCCGCCCACUGUUUGCUUAGAGACAGACAAGAAGCAGUGUCUGAUUCAGCGACACGGAACGAUCACCGGAGCGAUUAUCAAGCAGAAAUCAUAG